AUGGCGAUUGGGAACGGAUGGUGCACUGACUCGGAGAACCAGGCCUAUAUGAACUUACAUGUCAACGAGGACGCCGACCUUAUUCUAGAAUCAUUACUACGAGACAACAAGGGCGUCACGCUUGACACACCACAUGGAGGCUCUCUAGUUGUUCAUGAAGAUGGCCAUACCUAUAACUAUUCAUACGGACCAAGCGGAAUUCCAGGUCUAGUUCGCAAUCGUUAUGCUGUUGCGUGCGCAGCGUUUGCUGGUAUUGGCGGUAUUUCAUUCGGGUAUGACCAAGGCGUUAUUUCCAAUGUCCUCGUGAUGAAUGACUUUGUGACUCGGUGGCCAAUCGGUCCAUGGGAAAAGGGAUUGAUGACUGCUGUUCUCGAACUUGGCGCAUUGUUUGGUGCCAUCACAAGCGGAAUUUUGGCAGAUAAGUAUUGUAGACGUCAUUCCAUUUUCUUCGCAUCCAUUAUUUUCUGCCUUGGUUCGGGGCUUCAAUGCGGGGCGCAGUCGUUGAAUGAUCUUAUCAUUGGGCGGGCAAUUGGUGGCUUCGGAGUGGGGGCCCUGAGCAUGCUUUCGCCGCUUUACAUGGCCGAGAUUAGCUCUCCAGAGCUCCGCGGUUCACUUAUGGCGCUUGAGCAACUCGCUAUCGUCCUUGGAGUCGUUUGGUUUUUGGACAGGUUUUCUUACGAGACACAGUUCGUGUUUCUGUUACGAAUUCCAAUUGUUCUCAUUUGUUGUAUUGGGUUCAUAGUUGCCGGAUCUGCUUCAUGGAGAAUCCCAUUGGCACUUCAGUUCCUUCCAGGUAUCUCGCUCUGCCUCGGAUGCUUUGUUCUACCACCUUCACCCCGCCUGCUGGUGCUCCAUGGCAAAAGACGGACUCUCACGCGAACAUGGACAACCCUCUUUGGCCGGGAGUACGUUAUACGGACUCUUAUUGGCAUCAUGAUCAUGUUCUUUCAACAGUGGAGCGGCAUUAAUGCACUUCUUUACUAUGAUACUGUCACACUUCUUGUUUCAGGUGGGAUCGGAAUUGUCCAAUUUCUUGCAGUUUUCCCGGCCAUCAUAUUUCUCGACCGGUGGGGUGUCGUAAACCCCUUCUCAAAGGUUCUCAUGCUUGUUCUUGAAUCACCUGUGACUCACUGCAAUGACUGGGGAUCGAACACCAUAGCCGCUUGGGUAGCGGUGUUUUGCAUGUACAUAUUUACUGCAGCCUACGGCAUGUCCUUUGGACCUAUUGGUUGGGUUCUUCCUAUCUUGAUUGGUCUGAUCACACCGCCACUGAUGGAGAUGUCUUCUGCCGCGACCUUUAUUAUUUUCGCGUGCGCCUGUUUCGGGGCCUACCUGUGGUCUAAUUAUGUGGUGCCGGAGACGGCAGGUGUUUCUCUCGAAGAAAUGGAUGCAGUAUUUGGUUCUACAGCGGGUCAGGAAGACCGCAAAUGGACAUUCGAGCUGGAACGCGAACUUGGCCUGCACGCCCUGAUUAAGGGUCUCGUCGCUUCAGACGCACUACGCCAAGAGUAA